AUGAAGAGAUUAGUAAACUAUUUCAUGUUGGGAUUAGCUGUUUGUUUGGGAACACUUUCACUUUUACCUCCACUUGGCAUGUUUGGUCUCAAACAAGCUAUCGACUUGGAUUUUAUAGCUACACAUCCUCAACCUAUAUAUGGUGAUGCUUAUCCUCCCAAUAAUGAAUUAGACAAGAUUGAUUAUAUACAUUUAGGAUCAUAUGAAGGACCUGAAUCAAUUGCAAUAAAUAAACAAGGAGAUAUAUACUUUUCAUUGAAAACUGGUGAGAUUAGAUAUAUCAAACAUAAAGAUGUUCAUGUUGGUACUACGGGUACUGCAUCACCAUCGCACUCUGUAGUCGUGGUUGGUAGACCACUUGGUAUAUUCUUUGAUCAAGAUGAAAAUCUAUUGAUUGCAGACUCUGUCAAGGGUUUACUAAGACUAAACAAAAAUACAAAUAUAUUGGAAAUUCUAACUGGUCAAUUUAAUGGUACUCAAAAAUUAACUUUUGUAAAUGAUGUAGCAUGUGCAACAGAUGGAAUGAUUUAUUUUAGUGAUAGUACAACAUUGGCACCAAUUUUAGAUAAAGCUGGUGAUUGGAAUACAUAUAUUCCAUCUAUUUUUACUUGUUUUAGUGGUCAACCUGCUGGAAAAUUCCUAUCAUACAACCCAAAGACAAAAAUAACAAAGGUGUUGAUUGAAAAGAUUGCCUAUUCAAAUGGAGUAACAUUGGAUCAAGAAGAAAAUAGUGUUUUUGUUUGUGAAUCUGCAACUUCAAGAGUUUUAAGAUAUUGGAUUAAAGGUGUUAAUGCUGGAAAAUCACAAGUUUUUAUUGAUAAUUUACCAGGGUAUCCAGAUGGAAUUAGAAUGGGUGAUGAUGGUAAAUUAUAUAUUGCCAUUUUUGGAAUGAGAUCAAAGAUUAUGGAUUUCCUUUCUCCUUAUCCAAUGAUUAAAAGAUUGGGAAUUAGACUUCCCUUUUUAUUCCCAAAACCCCAUGGUGUUCCAAUGGUUGUAAUUGCUGAUCCCAAGUCUGGAGAUAUUCUAGGGUCAUUACAAGGUAGUCAAUCCAAACUAAAAGUUAUCACAAAUGUUGUUGAAAGGGAUGGAGUUGUUUAUAUUGGAAGUCUAAUUGGUAAUGUAAUCGGGGUGAAAUCAACAGCUUCCUCCGCCGCAACAGCUGCUCCUGCCAAAUAG